AUGCCUUUGUCUGAUUAUGCAUACGCAAACGAUAAAAGGACGGACGAUCAAGUACCCGGACAUGUAUCAGGAUCUGUUCCAGGACCAGGAAGCCAAUUGAGUCCUUUGGUGUCCUCUUCUAAUGCAUUGAUGAACAGCGAUCAAUUGGCUUCUGUUCAGCAGCAGCAGCAGCAGCAGCAGCAGCAUCCAAAUACCUACAGCAACCAGAACAACAACACCGCUGCUGGUGUUCCCUUUUCCAAUCUGCCGCAGAAUACAUAUAAGGUGACAAAAGCCUCAGGGCCCAACGCCAAUACUGGCGUUGGAAACAACCCGAACGCUGUGUUUAACGCUGCAGUGACUGGGCUUCCCGUGCUCCCUGCGAUCCCAGGAUUUACGAACCACGGUGCGUUAAUGACUCCAUUGGCUCCCACGGUUUCUGGUGGUGGUGGUGCUGCUGUGAACCAUUCGGGGAACACCUCCUCGGGUCAUAACGAUAGUGAGAAAAAGUAUCGGAACAACAUUAACACUCAUUUCCAGUUUUUGAGAAACUCGGUACCGACACUUCGAUGGUGUGACGAUAACUCUAUUCCUGUGGAAUCGCUAGAAGGGUUGGCUCCACCUUCGAAAGUCAACAAGGUUCAAAUUUUGUCAAAAUCUCAUGAGUACAUCAAACAUUUGGAACGCAAGAACAGUCUGCUGCAACAGGAAAAUGAACAGUUGCGGAUGCAGUUGGCUCAGUUCAUGCCGGGCCAUCACAACAGUCCUGGAUCUCCAAACAUGAACCACAAUUCCAUAAUGGUCCCUAAACAGCAUCAGCAGCCGCAACAACAGUCGCAACAGAAACAGCAACAGCAACGGCAGCAACAGCAACGGCAGCAACAGCAGCAGCAACCACAACAAAGUAAUAUCCAACCCCAGUACCAGGGGAAUUUACAAGGCUCACAAAGUCAUUCGGUGACUCCUCCUUCAUCCACUAAGCCUUCAAUUUCGUCGGGUCCUUUCUACCGCCAACCGGGGCAGGUUCAAGGAGCACACCCAUCACAAGGCCAGGGAUUAAUUCAGAGUCAUGGGCAAGGUCCAUCUCAACAGCAUUCAAUGUACGCAAUUCCUCCCGCACCAAUGCAUAACCAUCCUUCACAACAGAAUUAUCAAUUCAUGAAAUAUCAAAGUUACUAUCAACAACCACCCCACCAAAACCUGGAUGAAUAA